AAUAGUAAUGUCAAGAGAGCAGAAAUAGUUUCCCUUUUCCAUCAACAAAUACAUAUAUACAUAUGUAUAUGUUGUAUUUUCUCCCAAACUUGGCCAGUUUUUCGAGACGAAAUUUUCCGCAGUUUUUCCUUCGAUUUCGUUUGAUACACAGUCAUCGGCGCGUCGUGUGAAGUGUUGCGACAACGACGACGUGCUCACCUUGAAUUCACCAGCAGCAGCAAGAUAUUGACCCUGCUCGCGCGCUCACACACACACACACGCAUGCAGACCGCACACCAAAUGCCAUAUAGCCGCACAUAGUUCCGUUUUAAUCUCUUACCGACAUGUUUUGCUUCGACAGACCGCGAGGACGACUGCAAUUGGUUGAACAAAUGGCCACCGCCGCCUCCACAUCGCAGCAUGCGUCCACCGCAACGAUGAUGGCCGGCUCUGGAACGGUAUCGGGCUCCCUGGCUACCACCUCUUCCACCUCGUCGUCCGCCCCAAGCAGCACGCCAAGCAGCUCGGCUGUGCGAGCACUGGCCAUGGAGUACAAGUCGCUACAGGAGGAGCCGGUGGAGGGAUUCCGCGUCAAGUUGAUCAACGAUGAUAACCUAUUCGAGUGGGAGGUGGCCAUAUUUGGUCCCCCAGAUACUCUCUACCAGGGCGGCUACUUCAAGGCACACAUGAAGUUUCCACACGACUAUCCCUACUCACCGCCAUCCAUCCGCUUCCUAACGAAGGUCUGGCACCCGAAUGUUUACGAGAACGGGGAUCUGUGCAUAUCCAUACUGCAUCCGCCGGUCGAUGAUCCGCAAAGCGGCGAGCUACCUUGCGAGCGCUGGAAUCCUACGCAGAAUGUGCGCACCAUCCUGCUGUCGGUCAUAUCGCUACUCAACGAGCCCAACACAUUCUCGCCGGCCAAUGUGGACGCAUCGGUCAUGUAUCGUCGGUGGCGAGAUUCACAGGGUAAGGACAAUGAGUAUCCGAACAUUAUACGCAAACAGGCUCUGGCAGCCAAUGCCGAGGCCAAGCGUGAGGGCAUUGUGGUGCCCAUGACCUUGGAGGACUAUUGCCUGAAGCCCACGCGCAAGCCCGCAACAGACUCUGGCCUGGAUGCCAACUUUUAUGAUGAUGAUUUCGAUCUGGAGACGGAGGACGAUCUUCCCACAGAUGACGACGAUGAUGACUUCGAUGAGGAUGAUGACGAUGACGUCGAUGAUGAGGAGGAUGACGACGAGGAGGAGGAGGAUAGUGCCACGGCUUCGAUAAGCAAAAAUAAUGGCAGUGGCAAGUGCAAGAACAAGAACAAUAACGGUCUGCUGGGCAGGGAUGCGGCCGAUGCCGAGUCGGCAGAUGAUAGCGGCAAGGGCGAGACCACAUAAUGCAGCCAAGGCGAGAACCGCUCAUCAUUUCUUCUUCCUCCUCCCGCAAUCCUGCCUUUUCAUUUCUCCAACAUUAUUAUUAUUAUAAUUAAUGCUAAUUAUACAUGUUUAAACAACUGAAAACCGAACAACUGAGAAAUCGAAUUAUUUACCAAUGUAGUUUAUACGGCAA